CGGGAGCCCCGCGAGCCAGGCAGCGGCGGGGAGAAGUUUGCUGCGCCUGGAGUCGGCGGAGGAAAGCAAACCCGCCCGUCUGACCAGCCAUUACCAUCGCAUCACAACCACCCGUCCACUCCUGCUGGCAAGAAAAACUGCAUUAAAUUUGAGAAUGUCUUCAGUGAAGCACCUUGUUUAUGCUAUCAUCCAUUUCCUGAGAGAACAGAGUCAAAUGGAUACUUUCACAUCAGAUGAACAAGAAAGCUUGGAAGUGGCAAUUCAGUGUUUGGAGACAGUCUUCAAAAUUAAUUUAGAGGAUACGCGUCUUGCAGUACCUUCACGUUUGAUAGAAAUAUUUGCAGAUUCUUGUCAUAAGAAUGAGAUUCUACCUCUCUUAGAUUCUUUGCCAGAAGACCUUGAAAAAGCUGAUCAGCUCAAGGAUGAAGGUAAUAAUCACAUGAAAGAAGACAAUUAUGCAGCUGCUGUGGAUUGUUAUACCAGGGCUAUAGAAUUAGAUCCAAAUAAUGCGGUUUAUUACUGCAACAGAGCUGCAGCUCAAAGUAAACUGAACAAUCACAGUGAAGCAAUAAAAGACUGUGAGAGAGCAAUUGCAAUAGAUCCAAAAUACAGCAAAGCAUAUGGAAGAAUGGGAUUGGCUCUAACUUCAAUGAAUAAAUAUCAAGAGGCAAUUAACAGUUACCAAAAGGCACUGGAUCUUGAUCCAGAAAAUGAUUCUUACAAAUCAAACCUGAAAAUAGCUGAACAGAAAUCAAGAGAUAUGUCCAGUCCUACUGGAACUGGUCUGAGUUUUGAUAUGGCAAGUUUGAUAAACAAUCCUGCCUUCAUUAGCAUGGCAGCAAGUUUAAUGCAGAAUCCUCAAGUCCAGCAACUAAUGUCAGGAAUGAUGACAAAUGCUAUUGGGGGUCCUGCUGCAGGUGUUGGCGGUCUCACUGAUCUCUCAAGCCUAAUUCAUGCGGGACAGCAAUUUGCCCAGCAGAUCCAGCAGCAAAAUCCAGAGCUCAUAGAGCAACUGCGAAACCAUGUUCGAAGCAGAUCCUUCAGUGGUAGCACUGAAGAGCAUUCUUGAUUCAAGAAACAUCAGU